CUCACAGGGUAGGAUAAAAGUAGUUUAGCGAAGUUGAGGUCGAAUAAAACACUCACAGGGUAGGAUAAAAGUAGUUUAGCAAGUGAAACUCUCCUUCACUUUCACUUGACUACACCUUAUCCUCUCCUCCUGUAGUGUUGAGGGAGGAAGAUCAAAGGCGAUGAUUGCCUACGCAACUUCAUCAUCCGCGAUGUUCGCAGCAUCGCACAAGAAUCCACUUCUCUCAACAAACCACACCACUACCACAACCAAUCGUAACUUUCAGAUCCGCUGCCAACGAAACCUUGCCCCUGUUGAGCAGCGUUGGAUGUUUACAGAUUCCAAUUUCACCGGACCGGAUGUAUGGAACAAGACAUGGUACCCCAAAGCCGAAGAUCAUGUGAACACAGAAAAGACAUGGUAUGUUGUUGACGCCACAGACAAAAUUCUUGGAAGGCUGGCAUCAACGAUAGCCAUUCACAUACGUGGCAAGAAUCUUGCUACCUAUACUCCUAGUGUAGACAUGGGAGCUUUUGUCAUCGUGGUAAAUGCUGAUAAAGUUGCAGUCUCGGGCAAAAAGAGAACCCAAAAACUGUACAGGAGGCAUUCGGGCAGACCUGGUGGGAUGAAAGUUGAAACUUUGGAUCAGCUUCAACAAAGGAUUCCAGAAAGGAUCAUUGAGCACGCGGUCCGUGGGAUGCUUCCCAAGGGAAGGCUUGGAAGAGAUCUUUUUACUCACCUUAAGGUGUACACAGGUCCUGACCAUCCACACCAAGCACAAACGCCGAUCGACUUGCCUAUAAGAGACAAGAGGAUACAGAAACAAACCUAGCUUCUCCUUUUUUCGUUUUUGAAUUAUCAAUUUAUCAUUUGAGAAGCAUAUUUCUUCUUUCUUUCGUUUUUGAAUCAGAGCUCUGAUAUCAAUGUUACAUAUCAAACGAGAGAACUCAACCCAAAAGACUUGUCUGGUGGGUGAGAGAGCUCAUUUAGUAUAUAAACC